GGCCUAUGACAGGGCGGCUGUGAAGAUGAGGGGCGACUCUGCCAGCCUCAACUUUCCAAACACAGACUAUAUGGAGGACGCGUUCAUGAAGAAGUAUGGGCACCUACCGAAGCAGUCCUACAUCCUCAAGCUCAGGCAAUGGGCCCAGGCACGGAUGGUGCAGAGCAUUGAGGGGAGUGGGGAUGACGCGGGCCACCCAGGAGGCAGCAGCGACAGCCCGGCAGCAGAGCAAGAGGCCGCACUGCCCAGGAGCAUUUCCAGCCACCGGCGCAGCUCACAGGCAUUGCCGGAGCUCUCCCAGCCACAAGGUCAGGCGGCGGGUGCGAGGAAAGAGGUGCAGCAGGAGAUGGCAGCCACAAGGAGGAGCUCGCGCAUGGCACGCAGGCAACUUCAGAUGGGCGCCGGGAGAUCGUUCGAGCAGCCGCCGCGGCCGCCGACCUACUUUGGCAGCGUUGCGCUCGCAGCGCACCCCUUCCCCACCGUCUCCACCAUGGCAUUGCACUUCGGGGCUCCGGGGCAAAGCAUGCUGCGGCCGGAGCACUUGCUGGCUUCUCACCAGCUGCCGGAAUUUCUGGAGCAGGAGGACCGCGCCUGGCACAGCAGCCAUGGCCUGGCCAGCCUCAGCAGCGGCUGGGGCCGGGAGGAAGCUGCCAACUGGCCUGUCUUCCCCGGCAGCCCCCUCGUCAGCAUACCAAACCCUGCACAGCAGGCUGCGCAGAGCGGCAUGACGAGUGCAGCACCGCAGCACGCCGCGCGCUUUGCUCCUGUGGAGAGCAUGCUGAGCAGGGUCAUGGCCCGGCCCGGCUCUUCCAGAAGCGCUCCCGUGCAGCGCACGCCCCUGGACGCCGGGCCAUCACAGGGGCUGCAGGGCUCUGGCAGUGAGGGGCAGCAGAGGAGAGGCGGCACCGCGCCGGUGAAUCUGCCGCACCUGCCCCUCGGCUUCCCAGACCUUCACCUGCACCUGAUGCAACAGGACGCUGACGAGGGCAUCCUAGUGGAUCAGCCCAGGGUGUUCACUUCAGCGGCGCAGAUGCUGUCGGACAUCCUGCCCUCGACGCUCAUCACCAUCGGCGCGCCGCCCCCGGGAGACGGCCAGCCGCCGCAGCCGCGCCCCCGGUCCGCCCUGCCCUCCGCGCCAGACACCUCCAUGCAGCACUCCCACCACCGUACCUCCGUCAGUGCUCCUGCGCAGCGUCAUCCCGCUCCCGGCAUCACUAGGCAGUCACAGCGCGCCGGCAAUGUUCACGCAUGGGAAUGCCUACAGCCAGAAUCGGACACACAACAGGCCGAGCGGCGCGCGCGGCCGAUGGGCCGCUCUCACAGCUUCCCAGCCCAUCUUCAGGCCCAGCUCGCCCCCUCCGCAGGCAGCAUUUACGGUCUGCAGCUCCUGCCGUCCGCCGCGAUGCUCCGCACUGCAUCUCACUCUCAGGCGCUGGGCGGCGGGGCGGGUCUGCAUGCGCACCCAGAGCGGUCUGAGGGGGAGCCAGAUCUGGCGCCGGUGGUGGAAGGCGAAGGGGUGGACCGCGAGGGCGGCGGGGAGGCUGCGCCAGAUCAGGCGGCGAGCCAGGAGGAGCAAUUACUCAUCUCGGGCGGUUCCGCGCACCUGGGCACCGGCAUUGGCCUCGUGGCGAGCGUCACGCAAGAGCACUCCUCCUGGGCAGAUGCCAACCCAGAGCCCGCCCCACAGCAGGUUGCGGCUGCAGCUGAGCCUGAUGGAGAGACAUAA